AUGUCCGGUCCGGAUUCCGAGGAUGCUGCUGACCCUGAGAAUGACACCUGCCUCUCCAUUAAACAUUUCGCUGGCCACAGGAGAGCUGAUGUCUAUGACGGCCACAAUCGGACGGUGACGCUGCCGGAUUAUGCGUUCUCUAGUCUCAAAGGUGCUAGCGAGGUGCAUAAACCUGAUUAUCUUGUGCUACGUGGAGCUCAGGACCAUAUCGCUACACCCGCACACGAUGGGCGACGGGUCAGUGAGCAUGACCGCGCCAAUUGUGAACAGCAUGACAGCCGAUCGCCGCACGACCGAGAUGUUCCCAUCGAUCCACUGCUAGUAUCGAAUGGCGUUAUCGCUACUUUUAGGAACAGCCUUCCAAAGGGUACAGGAGAUUCUCCUAUCGAGGGCAUCGCCAAAUACCCAUUACUGCGGGUAGAAGAUGAUGAGGUGGAGUCAGAAGGUGACGAAGAGGAGUAAGAGGUUGAAGCUAUUGUCGGUCAUAAACCAACAGACGGGACGUAUAGAGUAAAAUGGAAAGGAUGGCCAAGUUCAGC